AUGUUCAUGGGCUACGAAGAAGCGUCAAAAGCUAAUCGAAUGUACGACAUUGAGGCGGACCAAGUGGUGAUCAGUCGUGACAUCACCUUCGACGAAUCGACUUUUGACUUUUCGAUGGACCGACCAAGUGACGAUGAUGAAGAUGCGGAGUUGGACCUCGACCUCCUGGCGAUCAACGAGGACGACGUGCUUCAAACCGUCUACAAGCAGACUGGCAAGCGCAAGAGUGAAGCAAGACCCGGCAUAUCACGUUCAGCUCGCCCUCGAACUGGGUUGGAACAAGCAAGUGCGCCGGAACACGUCUCCAACCGUCACCAGAAACGACGAUCAAGUGCUCCAGAAACGAUGUCUGAUGACGAAGAAGAUGCAAGCGUCUACGAUCAAGAUGACGACUCGACGCCUCCAACAUUUUGGCGUGCAAGUGCAAACGCAGUGGAAGCAACGGACCUAGCAGAACCUGUGACUUUUCAAGACGCGAUCAAUGUUUUCCGUGCGGCAAAACUGCCAAGAGGCCAAGGCGCGAUCGGCACCAAGUGGGUGUUCAAGAUCAAGCGCAAAGCGGAUGGAUCGGUCGAGAAAUACCAGGCGCGUCUCGUUGCCAAAGGCUUCAAGCAGAAGUACGGCAUCGACUACACAGAGACGUUCUCGCCCGUGGUCAAGUACGUGACACUGCGCAUGGUGAUCGCGAUCACCAAGUAUUUCGACUGGCUACUGGACCAACUCGAUGUGGUGACAGCCUUUCUCUACGGAGUGAUGAAGGAGAAGAUGUACUGCGUGAUAUCAGAAGGCGUCGAGAUGGAUGGCGACUUCGACUGUCUCGAGUUAGUGAAGGCGAUCUACGGUCUCAAGCAAGCUUCACGUGUGUGGAACGAUACUUUCUACGAGUUCGUAUGCUAUAUUGGUUUCAAAGUGUCGGCGUUCGACCCAUGUCUCUACAUCAAGGUUGUCGACGGUCAUUGUGUGCUCGUGCUGGUCUACGUGGAUGACGUGUUGGUCACCGGCAGCUCGCUCGAGUUGAUUGCGCAGACGAAGGCCGACCUCAAGACGCGUUUCGAGAUGACCGACAGUGGCAAGUGUACUUUUGUACUGGGCAUCGAACUGGUGGAUGAAUAG